AGCGCCUUCUUUCUUCAAGACGACUUGAGAGAGGAAGCUAAGAUGCGUCGCCAGCCGUCCAUGCUGUACUUACGGCCGUUCAUGCCCCUGAUCGUGGGUUUAUCGCUGGGGUUUACUCUAUGCCUGGUGUGCCUGCCCCUACUAGAGGAAGGCUGCACGUCUGAAGGGUCUGUAGACCAGGUGGCACGGCUGAGGAAACCCAACUCCGUACAGGAGACGCAGGACGUCUUACAGAACUAUAAUGAUGACGACUUCGAGCCCAGGAUCAUCACGAACCCGAAGCCGGCAAAGUCUGGCGGGAAGCAGCCGUUCCGAGCGCGAUACAUCAGCACGGAGCUCGGCAUCCGGGAGAAGCUCGUCGUGGGCGUGAUCACCUCGCGGGAAACUCUGGACACCGUUGCCGUGGCGCUGAACAAGACGCUGGCUCAUUACAUCCACAAACUGCUGUACUUCACUGGAACAAGGUAGGCUGUAUGGGGGUGUA